AUGUCCGAGCAAAAUAUCAGCUACUGGCACAACUUCAUCGACAUAUUCUAUAACGCAGUCGAGGAAUCCCCCAAUCCAACCAUCUCCCAACGACUAGUCGACUUCAUCGUAGCGUUGGCCAGUCUUCCCGACGCAAUCAACUCGAGUAAUAAAGACAAAAUCAUGGACAUUGGGGGAGGCCAAAUGGCACAUGUCCAGCCGGGAGGGAUCAUGAAGUUUGCAAACCGAACCUUUUGGAAGGACCUGCCCGACUUUGCAAUGGAACUUAGCGAGCGUUUCCAAGCAUCGUCCCAGGCCCCCAUGUCCCAUCGUGCACGUGGAAAGUCACCCGAGAAGUCCGCCCUCUUAUGGAAGAACAUGAACACCUACGUGAUACUCCUCGGCCAAAGUCCCGAAGCCCAGCUCCAUCCUCCCCUCGCCGGGCGCAUCAAGCGAGGAAUCUGGACAUUAGCAACGGCUCUCGAACACUCUUCUAGCAUACCUUAUGAAGCCAAUCUAGGCGUGCCAGCCGCGGCACAAUGGCUUUCCCUCGCAGGACCAGAGAUUGAGCAACUUUGCGAGGCAGCAACGGAGCACUAUCCCGUCGGGGAUCUUUGGGUUGGGACUGAUAAUACCGAUGUCGUGGAUAUGGCGAGAUUACAGUUUUGGAGGCGUAGGCUAGACAGACUUGCACAGGGACCUUCUCUAUGGUAG